AUGUCUACGCUUCAGUCUCUAAUUAUUGAUGGAUUUCAUGGCAACGGAUUUCACAUGAUAGAAGAAUAUCUUCAGCAGAAAGAGAGCCACGUGCCUCAGAAAUAUAACCAUCUUCUCCUACACCAUCUUGACAGACUGAUAAAAGAGGAGCUGGAUAAGAACGAGUUCCAGAAUUGUUCCCUGCUGCUGAAAUGUAUCCAGAGAUUCUUCAGGGAUGACCCAGACCACGAGGAACCUUUGCUUAUCCAGCAAGGACUGAUCCCAAAGAUGGUUUCCUGGUUUGAAAUAAUAACAGGAUUACUGAUCACCAAAGUGCUGGCCUCGGAGGCGCUGCUGACUAAUGCCCUGGAAGACUUCCUAGACACGGCACUGAUCAUUUCCAGACAUAGCAGGAAAGCGACAGUCCAGAUGUUGGAUUCCUUCAUACUUCGUUUAGGAUUCCUGGUGGCAGAAGAUUCCGUGAAGCCCUCCAUUCAGCAGGAGACUCUGGCGACUUUGAACUGCAUUUUGAACGCUGCACCCCAGGAAGAAAGAAGAAAGCUCUCUUCGGCAGAAGGCGCAUGCUGUCUUAUGAAAGAAUUGGCAAGGACGAUCUUGACUGUGGGCGACUAUAGCCAGCAGGUGGCGCUCUCUGAGGCACUGUGUCGAAUGUCUGUGGGAAGGCAGAGGAAUGACCUUGCCAUGCAGUGGUUUGAGAAUACCGCCCUGGCUGAAGCUUUCAAAAAAAUUAAGAAUCGGGAAUUUGAGACGGACUGUCGGCAGUUCCUCAAUUUCCUGAACAACAGGCUUGGCAACCAGAGAAGGGUCUACUCAUUCCCGUGCUUGGCUGCUUUUGCUGAUGGUCAGGAGAUGAGAAAACCAGCAGAUGAAAAAUUAGAGGAAUUUUGGAUCGAUUUUAACCUAGGAAGCCAGAGCGUGACUUUUUACAUAGAUAAUGCAGAGAGUGCUCUGUGGGAGCCAGUAAAACUUUUGAAGGAAGCCAUGGUCAAGUUCAUCAUUAUAGAAAAUGAUAGGAUAAAGAUGUUCAUCGUUUACCUGAAGCAGCCGAUUGUUAUCAGCAAGAGAGAAGCAAAGAAAAUAGAAAUCCACUUCGAUAGGCAACUUGGCAUUUUACAAGCUUCCAUUCAAGCUUUGGGAGAAGACAAACAGGCCCCCUCAUUUCAGACUUCUGUUUUGGUAAAACUCUUCUCUGGCCUUGAAAAAGAAGAUGGUGAGAUUCCUGGUCGCUGUGAAAGAGAAGCAGAGGAUGCGGAAGAAUCCACACUCCUGCCAGAGCUCGUGGAUGCUGAAGCUGACCGAUGCUUAAUAACUCGCUGCUUUAAUGUCCAGACGGUGCCUGGUGUGAGUAAAGGGAGCCUGGAGAUAACAAAUACAGAAGAACGUUCACUUGAAAACUCAAAACAAGAUGAACCAGAACAAGUUACUUCAGAAUAUGAUUAUCCUUUGGAUAUGCAAGAACCAUCAAUUCAAAACCAGGCUUCUGACUUAAAUAAUAUAAAGGAGGAUUCUGCCUUUGCUAGGGACAGAGAACAGGACAGAAGGAUGCCGUUUAAUGAUAGGAACCAUGACCUCUUGGAGAGUAAUGAAGAUUCAAGUUUAAGUACCAAUGAACGAUCCUGGACCCAGAACCACAAAAGGAAAUCCCUAAGAACAUAUUCCCAGAGGAAGAAGCAGAGAGUCAGUUCCCUACGGAUCCUACCACUCUCCCCAAUCAGAAGUGGCCAUGCUCCUGAGAAAGAUGAAGCUGAGCUAGUACCACUAUGGAAAGGCAUCUCCAGGAGAAAUGAUUCCACUCUUCUGAAAAUUUCUGAAACAAAACUACGAGGCAGUUCUGUGCUUUUAACUUCUGGGGCAUCUACACAGAAAAUAGGACUUGAGAAACCUGAACGAAGAGGCUCAGAACCCAGCUCCUCCACAAAGAAGACGAGAGUAACAGACGGCCUGCACUGGAGAGAACCCCGAAGUCCUCACCCAUCCAGCGGUCCAUCUUCCUUAGAGUACCUGGAAGUGGAGGAAAACAUACCCGAGAUUGUGAACCGAGAGUCAUUCAUGGGGAACAGCAGCUUCAAGCACAAGCUAGAAAACUUGGGACACAGAGAGAUACCCGAUGGGAGUGUUGCUGCCCUAAAGCAAUCAAGAUUAGAAGAUGCUCCGGGAUCCCCCGUCGUGACAGACACUUCUACUCCAUCUCAAGAAGACAUGCCAGGAAGUGUAAAUGGUUCUGCUUUUAAAACGGCCUUCGAAAAUUUCACUAGAGAUCUUAAAAGAAAAUUUGAGCUUGAGCUCAAGCAGAGAGAGAUUCCAUUCUCUUUAGAAAAGGCAAAGGAAGCGCCAGCUUGCCUAAUAAGACUUUGGAACCAGAUACACACGUGCAGACUAGACACGCUGGAGAGGUUUCACAGCUCUGUCCUUCGGGAGCUGAGCGGCUUGGAGAAGAAUCUUCAGACACUGAAAUGCCUCGAGAAGGAUGCUCUGGCAAGUUUGCUGUUUGUGCUGUCUCUGGGACGAGAGAGGACUUUUUCUAGGUAA